ACUGAGUCCUGCAGGAAAUGUGCACAGGGUAGUGUGUGUGCGUGUGUGUGUGUGCGCGCGUGUGUGUGUGCGUGUGUGUGUGUGCUUCUUGUCGUGUCACACUGUUGUAGCCCACGUGGGGAUGCACAGCUUUCUUGAACAUUGCAGGCUCACAGGUGGUCAUUUUCCCUUGGUGGGAUUCCACAAUGAAGCUCCAUCAGCUGCUGUCUCGGGGGGGUCCCAUGAUAGCCGAAGGGAACGGUAGGGCGAGGAUUGUAUUCCCAUCUUGCAGUGCCCUGAGACUCGAGCCCGAGAUCAGCUGUCUUUGGUUAAAGUGGUCCGCGGUCACGCAGUUACAAUUCCAUGGUGCACAGCAGCUAUCUGAGAAGGAGAGCUGCGUUCAGAGCUCUGAGGGACAGUGGGCCGCUAUGCGCGUGUCCCCCAGAUGCCGUCCCACCGCUGUGCGUGGCCGGGUGUCAAUGUCACGUCCUCCUGUCCGCUCCUCUUGCGUGUUUUUUGAGUCGUGUUCAGCUCGCCUCUGAGACGCGUGAGCCAGGAACUCAGCCGGCUUUCCUGUAACUGGCUGCCGACGUCAUCCAAUCAGAGGGCUGCUUUCUUGCUUCCUUGGCUGGGUGCCUGUGGGGGGGUGCGGUAGGCACGGCUCACCCUGCAGCGGCUGCUCUGCUUUCUGUUUCUUUGUGUCUUAAACCUUCGGACGGCGAGUGGAGGACAUGGCGCCAGGAGUGCGGCGGUUCACAGCUGCUCCAAGAUGGCGGUCCUGAGACAAACCACCAUGUACUCCUCCACCACCCCCUUUCUGUCCUCCAAGAAGGAACUGGAAUUUCACCACCUGGGGGACCGCAAAACUGGUGGUAAAUACGGUGCAGCGGAAGUGCCAGAAAAAGAAAUUGUCACCACACUGUCGGACUACCCUGCCUUAGCCAAGGCCAUCACAGAAGGCACUGCCAAUCAAGUGGACAAAGCCCCCGAGAAGUGCUGCGUGUCCGUCAUCGCCCAGGCCGAAUAUGAAGGAAAACAAGAGUUCAGCCCCACCUGCUCCAAAGGACCCAUCAUCUGCUCUCCAAACUGCUUCAGAUCUGAUCAGAACAAUGUGGUCCACAUGUCCAGCAGAGGAGCCUCACUGACCCAGGCAGUAGAGUCUGUGUCCUGCCGACCACGCCGCAAACGGAGGAAACAGCGAAAGUGGGAGCGGCGGAGAUGCCGAAGAGAGAGCCAGUCCUCUGGGCACCCAGAGCAGGAGAGCUGUGCCCCAGUGCCGGUCCAAGUGCAGGAGGAUGAGACUGAAUCCAGUGGAUCUUACUCGCAGAGUCUGGGGAUACAGGAGACUGAGGUGCCUGGCUUACCAGCAAUGGAGCCAGGGAUACCCAUCCGGGACACGCAGGACUCUUACAGGGACUCGGGUAGCAAGCUGCCCUACUUAAUCUCUGAGCCCUGGAAUUGGCUUAUGUUUCGCAACAGGCUGAACAGCCUGAAGUUGUUUAGUGAGGAGAGCAGCUGUCUUCCAGCCUCCUCCUCCUCCUCCUCCUCUUCCUCCACCUCGUCCGAGAGCCUGGAAGUCCAGCAGUUGGCGGUCACAGCACUGCGGGGUCACGUGAGUCUCGGGGAAGCCCAGCAUAUUGGCCCCUUCUUCCAGAAGGUGAAGAGUGAGGAGAGCUUGCCAAAGGAGGGCUGCAACGAGGGAGUCCUCCUUCAUGAGGACCUGACUCCGGUGGACUCGGAGUACAGAGAGAACAAGGAGUACAAGAUCUGCCACCACCUGCAGAACGGUGCCUUUGGGGAAGUGUACCACUGCAGAGACCAAAGCUCUGUCUUUGAAUUUGCAGCAAAGAAGAUAUCCCUGGACAGAUUCCGCUGGGAGGAGGUCAGCUCGUGGAGUGCUCUGAGCUCCCCUCGGAUCGUCCAGCUCUUUGGAGCUGUGAGGGAGGACUCCUUUGUCACUCUCUUCAUGGAGCACAUGUCAGGUGGCUCCCUUGCCAGGCUCAUUAAAGACAAUGGCCGGCUCCCUGAGGACCGUGCGCUCUUUUACCAGGAGCAGGUUUUAGAGGCGCUGGAGCACCUGCAGAAGCGUCGGAUCCUUCACAAGGAUAUUAAAGCAGACAACGUGUUGCUCUCAUCAGACGGACAGAAGGCUGCCCUCUGUGACUUUGGCCACUCGGAGAAGCUUGAUGCCAAUGGCUUUAGCCCGGGGCCUCCUACAGGGGAGGACCUGCAGGGCACCGAGACGCACAUGGCCCCUGAGCUGGUGAACGGAGAGGCCUGUAGCGCCAAGGCUGACGUGUGGAGCAGCUGCUGCAUGAUGCUUCAUAUGUUGAAUGGCUGCCACCCUUGGACACGUUAUUACAAGCAUCCGCUGGUGCUCAAGAUUGCUAACGAGCCCCCACCCGUGAAGGAAAUUCCCCCCAGCUGCAGCCCCGGCACGGCGGAUGUCAUCAGAGCGGGACUAGAGAAGGACCCGACAAAGAGGGCUUCGGCCGGCGAACUGUUGGCGAAGGUCACGGAGGCCCUGAGAGAUGUAGGUGGCUUGAGCAGCCCGUUGAAUGGACCUUAUCAGGAACCGGCAGGCCCUGCAGCUGAGCCCCCAAAGUCGGAGGUGGGAGACUGCCAGGCUCUCGACUCGGUCAAAGACAGCAAGGAACAGGAGCCAGACGGCCACGUGCCCUACAGGACAGGGGACGAGGAGUUUGUCACCGAAUCGCCCCAGGCACUCUCCUCCCUUACCGUGUUGCCGGCGAGCGUUCACAAAACCCACCACCAGGAGCGAAACCACACCGACUCGGAGCAGGAGCUGCAGCAGCUGGAGAGAGACUUCUUCUUGAGCAGCCUGUCCCAGCCGCACUCUCCAGAGGUGCAGGAGCAGCUGCUGUCCUGUCUGUCCAGUGACAGCUUCCCGUACUGGGACCCCGGUGACAAGGACUCUGGGCGAUACCCGUCGAGUGUGAGGGACGACCUCAGCUCUGGAAUUUAUUCGUACAACAGCCAGACAGACGGACAGCUCUUCAGCUUGGAGAGCUGGCUGGGGCCCAGUGGGGAAGCCCCUGUCUGCCUGAAGGGUGUGGACAUUCAAAUCCAGGGCUUCCACGGUGAGACGCUGCUGAUUAGGGAGUCGCCCAGGGUGUCCGUGGGCCAUGUGGCACUUGGCAUCAGUGAGCAGAUCUCCGCCGCCGCCUUUAGCCUGGUCAGGCAUGAUGGGAGCCCAGUGCUGAGUAAUGAAGAAAUCCCCGAUUCGGGAAUCGCCCUGCGCUGCACGCUGGCACCAGACUGCAGUCCGGGUUGGGCGUGGAGGGUCAAACAGGGCAAGCUGGAGGUGCGGGUCUUAAAUGCGCUGAAAGCCACAGGAUCCCAGUUCAAAGCCCAGCCGGGCCUGCGAUGCCCCGUGUGAAUCUGCAUCCCCUCUGCAUGUGAGUGGGCGCCUUGGCACUCUUUUAUCCUGUAGCAUUACCGACAUGCUGAUGAAUGUCAACAUUUGUCCUUUGAUGACGUAUGUUUUAAAAAAUGACAAUAAAAAUGGUGCAAAACAAGAAA